AUGGGCGUCGAGGCCGCGCUGCAUGGGGCGGCGGCGGCGGAGGCGGCGCUGCAUGGGGCGCUCAAGCUGCAGCCGCACGUGGCCGGCGCCUUCUUCGCGCUCGCGGUGUGCACCGUGGCGCUCAAGCUGCAGCCGCACGUGGCCGGCGCCUUCUUCGCGCUCGCGGUGUGCACCGUGGCGCUCAAGCUGCAGCCGCACGUGGCCGGCGCCUUCUUCGCGCUCGCGGUGUGCACCGUGGCGCUCGCCGCCCUGCUGGCCGUGGCGCGCACGCGCCCGCCGUGGUGGUGCGACUGCGCGGUCUGCGAGGCCUACCUCACCGCCUCCUGGGCCGGCGAGUUCGACAACCUCUGCGACUGGUACGCGCACCUGCUGCGCCGCUCGCCGUCGCAGACCGUGCACGUCCACGUGCUCCGCAACGUGCUCACCGCCAACCCCGUCACCGUCGAGCACAUGCUGCGCGCGCGCUUCGAUAACUACCCCAAGGGCAAGCCCUUCUCCGCCAUCCUCGCCGACCUGCUCGGCCGCGGGAUCUUCAACGUCGACGGAGACGCGUGGCUGUUCCAGCGGAAGCUCGCCGCGGCUGAGCUUGCGUCCCCCGCGCUCAGGGCUUUCGCCUCGGGCGUCGUGGCUUCCGAGCUGCGGGGCCGUCUCGUUCCCCUGCUUGACUCUGCCUGCUCCCACGACGACGACGACGACGACGGUGGCAAGGUGCUGGACCUGCAGGACGUGUUCCGUCGCUUCGCCUUCGACUGCAUAUGCAAGAUCUCCUUCGGCCUCGACCCGGGCUGCCUCGAGCUGUCCAUGCCGGUGUCGGCGUUCGUGGAUGCGUUCGACACGGCGUCGAUGCUCUCUGCGAGGCGCGCGACCGCGCCGUUGCAGAUCAUAUGGCGGCUGAAGCGGUUCUUCAACGUCGGGGACGAGAGGAAGCUCCGGGAAUCCGUGCGCCUCGUCGACGGGUUCGCCGCGGAGGUCACCCGGCAGCGACACAAGCUCGGCGGCGCCGCGUCCGGCAGCGACCUCCUGUCGCGGUUCAUGGGCUCCAUCAGCGACGAGAAGUACCUCCGGGACAUCGUCGUCAGCUUCAUGCUCGCCGGCCGCGACACCGUCGCCUCAGCGCUGACCGCCUUCUUCCUGCUCCUCUCCGAUCACCCGGAGGUCGCCGCCGCCAUCCGGGACGAGGUGUCACGCGUCGCGGGCGGCGACGACGGCGACCGGCCGAGCUUCAGCAAGCUCAAGGACAUGCACUACGUGCACGCGGCGCUGUACGAGAGCAUGCGGCUGUUCCCGCCGGUGCAGUUCGACUCCAAGUUCGCGGCGGGCGACGACACGCUCCCGGACGGCACGGCGGUGGCCAAGGGCACGCGGGUCACCUACCACGCCUACGCCAUGGGCCGGAUGGAGUCGGUGUGGGGCCCCGACUGCUCCGAGUUCCGGCCCGAGCGGUGGCUCCGCGACGGGCAGUUCGUCCCGGUGAGCCCGUACCGGUACCCGGUGUUCCAGGCCGGCGUGCGCGUCUGCGUCGGCAAGGACCUCGCGCUCAUGGAGAUGAAGGCCGUCAUCGUCGCCGUCGUCCGGGGCUUCGACAUCCAGGCGAUCGAGCGCAGCUCGCGCCGGCCCAAGUUCGCGCCGGGGCUGACGGCCACGUUCGCCGGCGGCCUGCCGGUCAGGGUCCGCCGGCGAGCGCGCCCACCAACCUGA